AUGAUUUAUUUUCUUUUCCUGUUAGUAUCAACUUAUGCACUUGAUCAGUGUUAUAUCAAAGAGACUACUCGCAACUGUUUUAAAUAUUACGACCAAAUCGGAAACUUUACGUGUGAUCCCAAUUUGGUUAUAACUGAAUCUGGGUAUUUAUGUGAAGGAGCUUUUAAAGGUCGAACUGUUUUUACUUCGGUUAUUUUAGAACAAAUUACUUCUGUUGACGAUUAUGCAUUUGAAGGAUGUUCCAAUCUUGAAACCUUCACGUUUAAAAUGUCUGAAAGUAGUUCAUCAUCGGAUUAUAUUGGAAAGUCUGCAUUUGUUGGAACCAAGUUGAAAACCAUUAAUUUGAAUAAUAUUUACCUAAUCGAUGAAAGUGCUUUUGCUGGGCUUACUUCUCUCCAACAAAUCACAUUUUAUAAAUAUUUUCCUUCAACAAUUAGAAAGAAUGCUUUUAGAAACAGCGGACUUCAAUCAAUUGGAUAUUCAGUAGACGUUCCUUAUAUUUAUAGAGAUCUUUCAAUAGUUGAUGAAUACGCUUUUAGUGGUACUCAAUUGGAGACUUUUACACUUUAUGAAAACUCGAACAUGUACAUCGGAAAGGGUGCAUUUUCUAAUAUGACAAAUCUUAAGCACUUUAACAUGAGUGGGUGCCCUACCAUAUCCGAAGAAAUGUUUGCUGGAGACGUCUUACUCGAAAGAAUAUUAUUUACAGAAAAUGUUAUUCGAUUAGGGAAAAACGCAUUGAAAGAUUGUGUAAAAUUGACUAAGCUUCAUCUAGGUAAUGUUAUCACUUUCCAAGAUAAUUUGCAGUAUAUUACCGAACUGUUUUAUCAUGGUAUAAACGCUCCAACCGGUGUUUUAGGAGAAAUCAAUUUAAAUUCUGCCAUAAAAGUAUAUGUCAGUAAAAAUUACUCUCCAGCAAAUCUCAAAUUUUUAUCUUCAACUGCAACAAAAUUGAGUUGUAAUAAAGACCAAAAAUAUGAUUUCAAUACAAGUACUUGUGUUGCUUGUGAAAAUAAUUAUGUCACUUAUGAUGGAUGUAGUGAUGAGUGCACUAUAAAUAGUUAUCUUUGUAGUUGGAAAGAUGAAACAUGUUUAGACUAUUUCUGUAGUGGUUAUGCUUGUAAUAGAUGCAACGUGGCUGGUAAAAAAGUGUUUGAUUAUUCCAGUAAAACAUGUACUGAUAUUUGCAACACGGGGAAUGGAUAUUAUUUACUUGGUGAUGGCAGAACUUGCAAAAACUGUAAUAUUUUAAAUUGUUUGAAAUGUGCAGAAAAGGAAAUAAUGGAUCCAAAUACAUAUUUUUCGUACAGCAGCACCAAGUGUACAAUGUGUAUGCCUCCUAAUAUUGUGACAACGAGUGGUACGUGUGUAUCAUCUUGUGAUGUUCAAAAUAAUUAUGCUUAUUAUGUUGAUAUUAAUGGGCAACAGGUUUGCCAAAAAUGUAGUGAUAUUUUGACAAAUUGCAAAAAAUGCACUUCAAACAAUACUUGUUUAGAAUGUAGUGCUUCUUCUUAUUUAUUGGAAGAAACCAAUGAAUGUGUUUCUAAUUGUCCAUUAAAUUAUGGUACAAACAGUGAAUACAAAAAAUGUGUGAAAUGCACUCCAAAUUGUGAGAAUUGUGAUGCACAAAGUUCAAAUGGAGAAACUCAAAUGUGUAAAACAUGUGAACUUGGUUACUAUUUAGUUUCUGACACUAAUGAAUGUGUUGCAAGUUGUGCUGAUUAUUACUACCCAAUUGAAGGCUCAGACACUGAACCGAAAAAGUGUAUACAAUGUGAACGAAAUUGCGUUUCAUGUUCAGGAAGUCAAGGUGAAUUCUGUUCAAAAUGUGAAUUAAAUUACUUUUUAUAUGAUGAAGAAACACCACAAGGAUGUCAAGACCAAUGUUAUGAUGGGUAUUAUGAAACUAAUGAAAAUGGAAUAGCCAAAUGUAAGAAAUGUUCUGUUAUCGAAAAUUGUGUAACAUGCGAAUCAGAAACGAAAUGCACCAAAUGUGGAAAUAACCAAUAUGUACAAGAAGAUGGUUCAUGUGGAGAUACUUGUCCAGAAAAAUAUAGAAAGGGUGAUGGGAUUUGCGAAGAAUGUCCACCACUAUGUAGGGAUUGUCAAGCAUCGGGUAAAACCAAGUGCGAUGUUUGUGAAUUAAACGCUUUUUAUCUUGAUAACAAAACAUGUUCAAAAUCAUGUGAAGAAGGAUACAUGGAAAUCAAAGACACAACUCCAAAUUGGACAUGCAAGAAGUGUGAUGAUAAUAACUGUAAAACAUGUGAAAUAUCCACAGAUGAGAAGUGUGUUGAAUGCAAAGAGAAUUUCUAUUACAAUGGAGAUUCAAAGAAAUGUGAAAGUGGCUGCGACUUGACCACACAUUUUGUGAACAUUUCAGAAAAACUCCAAAUGUGCUCAAUGUGCAACAAAGCAUUCUCAAAUUGCCAAAGUUGCACAUCACAACAAUGCACAAAAUGUGAAACCAAUUAUUACACACAACCAGAUACACCACAUACAUGCGAAAGAGAUUGUCCAGAUGCUUAUUAUAAAGGAGAUGGCGUUUGUACAAAAUGCACCGAUAACUGUUUGAGUUGUGAUGAGUAUUUCUGUCACAGUUGUGAAGAAAAAUACGUACUCAGCAACGGCGAUUUAACAUGCGAACGUUGUCAAGAUAAAAGUUGUUUAAAAUGCAGCCAAGGAAAAGAAAAGUGUGAUAAAUGCGAAUCUCCUAAAUUAAUGGGAAAAGAUUUAACUUGUGUUGAUACAUGUGAAAGUGGGUAUUACAGUAUUAAUGAUGAAUAUUGUGAAAUGUGUCAAGAUCAGAAUUGUGCAGUUUGUGAUAGAUUUGAAUGCAAGGAGUGUGCAUUGGGAAGUUUUAUGUCAAGUGGAUACUGCAGAUCAUCAUGUCCUGACGGAUAUUACGAAAAUAUAAAAGUCUGUAGUGAAUGUACCAAAAUGGCAUCUGAAUAUGGUGUGUGCAAACAAGGAGACUUGGAAUGUAUUGGGUGCUCAUUGGGAAAUAAUAGUGCUAUUAGUACAUCAAUGUUGUUUGCAUUACUCUGUAUGGCAAUGUUAUUGUUUUGA